AUGGACAUGAAUGGCCAUCUGCUCCCUGCGGUGACGGUCCAGCGCCACCCCCGCUACGGAUUCGGCUUUGUGGCCGGCAGCGAGAGGCCGGUGGUGGUGCGCUCGGUGGCAGCAGGCGGCCCCUCUGAGGAUAAACUCCUGCCAGGAGACCAGAUCUUGGCUAUCAAUGAUGAGGACGUGAGUGAAGCCCCCAGAGAGAGAUUCAUCGAGCUUGUCAGGAAGGCCAAGGACUUCAUCAUCCUCACGGUCCUGCACACCCACCAGUCUCCCAAAUCUGCUUUCAUCAGUGCAGCCAAGAAGGCGAAGCUAAGGUCCAACCCGGCGAAGGUCCGAUUUUCAGAGCAGGUGACAGUCGGCGAGACAGACCCAGACAUGUUGAAGAAAGAAGCUCUCCUCCUCAUUCCCAAUGUGCUGAAGGUUUUCCUGGAGAAUGGACAGAUCAAAUCCUUCACAUUUGAUGGCCGAACCACUGUGAAGGACGUGAUGGUGACGUUGCAGGACCGCCUGUCCCUGAGGCACAUCGAGCACUUUGCCCUGGUCCUGGAGUAUUCCAGCCCGGAGCAGAGCCACCGGUUCCUGCUGCUCCAGGACAAGCAGCCGCUGGCCCACGUUGUGCAGAGGACACACUACCAUGGCAUGAGAUGCCUCUUCCGCGUGAGCUUCUUCCCCAAGGACCCGGUGGAGCUGCUGCGCCGGGAUCCUGCAGCAUUCGAGUACCUGUACAUCCAGAGCCGCAACGAUGUGAUCAGAGAGCGCUUCAGCACAGACCCCAAGCCAGAGAUGCUGCUAGGGCUGGCUGCCCUCCACAUCUACAUCACCGUCUCAGCCACCCGCCCCAGCCAGAAGGUCUCCCUCAAGAAUGUGGAGAAGGAGUGGGGCCUGGAGCCCUUCCUGCCCCCCUCGCUGCUGCAGCUCGUCAAAGAGAAGAGCCUCCGGAAAUCCCUCUCGCAGCUGCUGAAAGCCCACCAGAACCAGCCUGGUGGAACCAAGGUCUCCACAGCCCAGGCGAAGCUGCAGUACCUCAGGAUCCUGAACGAGCUGCCCACCUUUGCUGGGGUCCUCUUCAACACAGUAGGACUGGAUGAGAAGCAACCAGCCACCACGCUUCUGGUGGGACCCCGGCACGGCAUCAGCCACGUCAUCGACCUGAAGACCAACCUCACCACGGUGCUGUCGGAGUUCAGCAAGGUCAGCAAGAUCCAGCUGUUCAGGGAGAACCAGGGGGUGGCCCGGGUGGAGACGAGCAUCCUGGAUGCCAAGCCGCUGGUGUUGCUGAUGGAGUGGCCUGAAGCCACUAACUUUGCCUGCCUGAUUGCAGGCUACUGCCGUCUCCUGGUGGACUCGAAGAAGAUGAUAUUCUCCAGGGCCCCCAGCCAGCCACCCCCACCUCAAAUUAUCAAGGCAGAUUACAUCAACGCACACAACCUUCACCGGCCUGCUACAGCGGGGCACACGGGAAAGAAAGAGAGCAGGCUGGUGGGUGGCUCUACCACCAGCGCCGAAGCAGCCGGGACUCCAAACACCAGGGCUUCAGACUCGGAGCUCAUCAGCUUUUGCUACCUGCACAUGCGAGAGCAGAGGAAGGAAAGAGAGAGCAGGACAGAUAUUAAUGAAAACCUGAUUUUUUUUGAGGAAACUCGUCCCAGGACCAAAUCUGACCCCACUUCCAAAAGCUCUGGCCAAGGCUACAACGGGGCAGCUAAUGAGUACGACCCAGAUGGCCUUGACCAAGACAGGCACGCGAGCAGGGCCAGGGCACACACCAUAGACACCCACCUGCAGAGCGACACCUCGCACUUUUACUGUGAGUCCUGCCAAGCCAAAAUCAAGAGCCGGCUGGCCUCAUGCAAGGCGGGCAAGCCCAGCAGCACCCGGGACAAUAUGGUGGACUUGAUGUCACUUCCCCCUCCCGGGAGCGAUGAAGAAGAAGAGGAGACGACAUCUCUGCUCCCCGCCAUCGCUGCCCCCCCUCCUGGCUUCCGAGACAAUAGCUCAGACGAGGAUGAUCCCAAGCGCCGGGCAGCUGCUCAAAGCCAGGAGCAGGGCCGGCACCUCUGUGGCAUCCUCUACGACGAGAUCCCUGUCACGCUGAUAGACAACGUGCAACCACGGACGGUCCGAGACCAUGCCCAAGAGCUGGAUGACGCCCUGGUGUCCACCCUGCAGGCGCUGGAAGCCCUGGCUGCUUCAGAGGAUUGUCCGCAUCCUCCACCACAGCAGACAGCAGGUCUUAUUGUCCUGGCUGCCAUCACUCCUGAGUCAUCCUUGGAUUCUGGCCAUGAAACCAACUCUUCAGAGCUAACUGAUGUCUCGGAGAUGGUCUCUGCUAUGAAGCAGCAUCAGAAUGCAGCCUACUUCCUCGCUCAACACAUCAACAAAGAAAACCUCCUGGCCAGAAAGGACUUGCCUUUCCGAAUCCAGAGCUGUGCUGCCCAGGCUGUUCUCACUUCACCCUACCCCCUCAGCCGCCAGGAGCCGAGCCCUUCAUUGAAGCCAGACUUCUCUCACCAAAGCCCCAACCUUACCAACUGCAAGAGCAAACAGGAGCAGCAGCAUGCUGAGCAGAGCUACACCUUGGCUGUCCAGCCAGGGCUGACCCCCCAGCUUAAUGAGCAGAAUAGGGGGGCUCCAGUGCCAGACUCUGAAUGCAAAAGUGCAGGCCACACAAAAGCUGCCUUUGAAGUAUCUCUGCAGGCCACAGCAGCCCCAAGCAGGGAUCAGACACAGGAUCUACACGAGAAGAUGCCCAAAGAGGUCCAGCCGAGCUCCAAGCUCCUCCUGGAUCAAAAAAGUGGUGUAACUCCAGCCAUCAUUUCAGCUGCCCUGCAGCAAGUGGCAAAUGCAAAAGGCUCUGCUCCCCAAGCAGCAGCAGCCUCAAAAGAAGACAAGAACAUGAAUGGUACCAGCAGCUCUGCAUCAGCCAGCAGCAAGCCUUUGAAACUUAAAGGAGAUCCACAAACUGCAGAGACAUUAUGCAACUGUCAGCAGCAGCAACUCUCUCCACAGCAGCACUGUGAAGUUUCUCCAAGUCCUAAAGAAGCUCAUAGCAGUACAGCUGAAGCUUUCCACCUUGCCUCAGCAGGUGAGGAAAUGAUGCCCGGUAAGAAUUUUGCCUCUAAAAGCUACCAGCAAAAAGUUAGUAGAGAUGCUCCAGGAAAAGCCGCAAGUGGAGAGCCAGGUCAGAAGGCAGGUGGGGAAGCCACAAGCCUCGUCUUUCAGAAACAUACAGCUCCUUCAAACCAAGGACAGAAAAUGCAACAGGAAAGUUCAGCCAAAAUCUUAAAAUCUGAGAUUAGCAAUCUGCACUCUCCAUCACCUGGUAGCACUUUCAGGAGCACCAGUGAGGAACCCAAAGGGCCAAUCCAGCUGGUGCCUAGAUCUGAGAGCCUGCAGAUCAGCACUGUGCCUUCCAAAAGAGUAGAAAAAGUCCUGGAGGUGACCCAACAAGAUGCUGACAUCCCAGCUAAACCCAAAGUUCCAAAAGCUCCCUUCAGGUUGAGGAACCUGUUCUCUGCAACAUUUCCAACCCGGCUGAAGAAGGAGACGGACGAGCGGCAGGCCCAGCUGCAGAAGGUGAAGCAGUAUGAGCUGGAAUUCCUUGAAGAGCUGCUCAAGCCAAAGAGCAAAAGUGACCUCCCACCACAAGAGUAUCUGCACCCUCCUGUUCCUGGGCGCUGCAGCUGCCAGCUAAGGAGCAGUCCUGUGCAAAAAGUCCCAGGGAUGUCCAGGGAGCAAAGGCGCAGCUGCGACUGCAAGCGGAUUUGCAGGGGGGUGAGGCCACCCCCUCACCAGUUGGCGAUGCCAGAACUGGAGAGGCGAGGGAGGGAUAAAGUUACCGAUGACCAGAAGCAGGGAGAAACCAUUAGGUUGACAAGUGUAAGCAGCCCUUCCAAAGGCAAGCGGAUACGAUCCACAAGUUUGGAGUCCAGAGACUACCGGUCAGAUCCAGAGAAUGGUGUGUCCUGUUUGACAACAUGUGCUUCCCGGGGGGAGUGCAUGGGUGCUCCACACUACAGGAAGCUCUUGCGUCGCUACAGUGUCAGUGAAAUAGAUAAGACUGAUAGG